GUCGAUUGCGCGCAUUACAUUUCCAACACCGGGCGCAAUCAGCAAGUCAGGAUACGGACGAUAAUAUCAUACAGGGAGGGUAGGCUGCAUUGCCAAUUCUCUGUUACAGCAUACUGUCGUGGUCACUGCGCACUCGUAAGACUGGGAGAUAUUUAGCGACACAGGUGUGAUCGCCGUUAUCUCUGAAUACGGGUAAUUCCGAGGACAGAAGGGCCAAUCUGUACGAAUUACACCGCUCUUUAGAAAAACAGCCGGUUAGAGAAAAGAACGGAACAUGGCUGACAGCGGAGAAAAGGAUGCCUGCUUGGCCAAGUUCAGGGUGAAGUGCGAGAACUUGACGGCUGACGAAUUUGCGGAGGCAUGGCACAAGUACGAUCGAGACGGAAAUGGUUACAUCGAGGGAAACGAGUUAGAGUUCUUCUUCAGGGAUUUCAUCGAUAUACAGGAGUCCGACGAGUGCCUGCAAAAAGCCAUCGCCACAUACAUGAAGAUAUACGACGAGAACAACGACAAUCGGAUUGAGAUGAUGGAGUUGGCAGAGAUUAUGAAGCCUGAGCAGAACUUCCUGCUUCUUUUCCGUUCCAAGGAAGCGCCCCGGACCAGCAAGGAGUUUUAUGACAUCUGGUUACAGUACGAUGCGGACCGAGACGGCUUUAUUGACAAGUCUGAACUAAAGAACUUUUUAAGGGACCUUAGCAAGGUGGAACUAAGCGACGAAAAGCUGCAGACGUACACCGAAGCCAUGAUCAAACUGUUUGACGUCGACAAGGACAACAAACUUAGCUUCAAGGAAAUGCUAAAACUGGUGCCCGUGAAAGAGAAUAUUUUCCUGCAAUUUGAGUCUCUAUUACAAGGUAACAUACCCGACCCAAGCUCGCACCUCUUGCCCACAGGAUCUCUGGGAGACAAAGGCAAGAAGUUGAAAGUGUCCAGCGAGGAAUUCAAGAGAGUUUUUAAGCACUAUGACAAGGAUCAGAACAACGUCAUCAGUGGAGAGGAACUGUCUGCAUUCCUCAAGGACCUGGUUAUUUUACACGCCGGAUCGGGGCCAGUGGUGGAGAGUACGUUAGACAAAAUUGCCACAGACAUCAUGACCACGGUGGACAAGGACAAAGACAACGUGAUCUCGGAGAACGAACUGAAGAUGUUUCUUGGCGUGACGUCAGAUGAUGCAUAGUCAACUUUUGGCUUUUAACCAAUUUCCCCCUUUUAACCGUCAUUUUUGCCGAUUCCUUUUAGACUACUAGGAAUCAUUGAUAGAACUAAAAUAGAUGAUAGCUGCACUUACGGUAUAUUAUCACACUCACUUAAAGUAGCUAUAUAUAGCACCAUGCCUUCGACUUACAUAUAUUAUAUAACGAAAUAACUUAUAGCUUUGACUAAAUCUGAUGGUAAGAAUGGUUUUCAAGUUUUCGUAAAAAAAGGUAGCGUAUUACAAUCAUGUGAGCAUCAAUAACGUGUGUAAAAAACUGAUCUUAACAUUGAGAAGAAUAUACAUUGUCUUACAUUAAGUAAGCAUUUUAUUGUGAAAGUGCGCCUAACGCAUUAUGAUUGUAAGAAGUUUGCGUGGCUAAAGAACACUGGAUUCAUCUUCACGUAGAUAACUCGUUCUGCUUUUCUAUGCAUUAUUGAGCGUCUGAUCUUUUUAAACAUCGUCUUAGCAACAUUUAGAUUGGAAAAAGGAAACAUGACCUUUAUUAAGGAUGUCAUGAUGUAAUCCGCGCUGCAUUUAAUCAAGUACAUUCCUAUUUUUUGAUUUAAUGGUUCUUCUUUCAUGAAGCCUUUACAGAAAAUGCGGUAAAUUUCUCUUUUUCAUGUUUCUUUGAUAUAUAUUUGAUACCGUUGGCACUGUUUUGAUGUUUACUGCACGACUAUGUGUUUGAAGCUUUUUGGAGUCUGUUGUCUAUCUUUACUAUUUUAGUUUUAGUUUACUGCGAUCUGUCACAAAUUGUUUUCAAAAAAUACCUUGAGCAGUUUCAAUCAAGCAAAACAGACACGACAGCUAGCAUGAAAUACUACUAAUGCAAGAAAUCAAAAUCAAUUUACACAGACAGCCACAGACAACUCAUCUUUGAGGUGUCGAGGCAGAUUACAUAACGUCAAGCCGAUCGCCUACACUUCGUCUUCAAACCAAAAGAACUUUGUACUUCAUGUACGUUGCCCGCAACUGAGCAUAUUCAACACGAUCAUUUUCGUCCUUCGGUUAUUCAAGAAACGCACUCUUUAGAGUGGCUUUCUUCGUGUUUUGAUAUUUAUUUUUGAGCCUCCCUGGCUCUCUUCAUCAACAUUCAAGCAGAAUGCUACACAGUAUUAGGUCCCUGCAAAAGAAAUGUUGUCUUACUUUGUGUCGAGGAGAGGUUUGUUCGAAGUCAGAACAUUGCUUUGAUUCACUUAUUUAUCCAGUAUUAUUAAGCCUGUCACUAGGCAGCUCUUGAUGACGAGUCAAACUGACUGCUCUCGGUGAGAUUUUGAUGAUUAGAUCACGGUGAGAGUAACCUUGGAAUUGGAAUAUUAAAGGCACAAGAAAUAAGAUUCUGGGUCGCAGAAAGAAGCGCGGAAAUCAACUGUAUAACUCAACCGUUCGCCGAUACCCAGAAUUCCACAAUUGAACCCUGUUCACCAAUAUUGCACCAUAAACAAUUAAACGUCAAAGUGCAGUCAACUCUCGUUUUCACAAAGUUGAAGGAGUCAGACAAAUGUCUUUGUUAUGACCUGGAAUUUGAUAAUAAAAGAGUGGAAAAACAAAGAAAACCAAUUCAUGAAACUGGGAUUCUCAGAAUUUACUCUUUAUGAAAGUAGUUUGUUAUAAGAGUGUUCUUUCUAAUGAGAGUCGACUGUAUUUAUCUUUUCUCCGAGGAAAGUUGUGAACAGGGACAAAGGUAUUUACAACCCACAGGCAAAGUUUAACAUUAUGUCGUCAGAGAGUUGUACAUUGAAGACCCACAUGUAACUUACACUCGUUCAAGUUUGGACGUACUGUAGUGUGCUCGUAAAAAUGGAGGUGUUUAACGGCGUUCAGUUAUGUUGACUGCUGGUGCAGUAUUUCCUCAAUGAAGAAGAGUUGGGGAUAUAAAAUGAAUCAGUGUAUUUUUACGAGUGAUUGUAUGAUAUUACAACUUACAUGUACUUUUUUGCUAAAUAAUUGACGCUUACGUAUUCGACUUGUAAACUACAGUAUAUUGGAUUGAUUUGUGUCACCAGUGACAAAGGCACGAUACGAAACUGAUGUGAAAGGUCCGUGUGCACAAGAAAAAAAAAUCGGAAUUCACUUACAAACAGAGGUAACAUGCAACAUUCCGUCACGACUGCAUGUAAACCCCCCCCCCCAACACUGGCACUGAAGAAUGAACCAGACAGUGGACGGGUAUGUACCGAAUUCGAAAUAAUCACUCUGGCGCCCUUCGGCAGGCGACAUAAACAUGCACUACUUUUUUGCCGUGCUGCGGCACGCGUAGGCCUACCUUGUGUACACGGGCCUGUCGGUGUAGAAAACAUGUAAAGCAAGUACAUCAGCAGUUGCGUCCCAGGACGAGGUAAAAACCAGUGUAGAUCAACGAUUUUAAAUCCUCCACCUUUUUCAACUAUUGACAGAAAAGGGCUGUGUUUCCUGAGAAACAACACUUGUACCAGUUGCCUUUUCGCUGUUGUUUGGGCGAAAUUAAACAUCUUGUCGAUUCUUCAGACUUUCAAAAUUCA